AAAAAGUUUUGAAGAUACCGUCCAGUUCCAGAGAUGCAUAGAAAAACAGAUUUUUAAAAAGCUUAGACAUCCUUUUCAAUGCAUUGGCUUGUGAACCUUUGUUUCUCUCUAUUUAGGAUAAGAUCUGUGGAAUUACUGAUGGAAAAGUGGACUGGAGUGAUGGUGACCCCACUUUUUCUUUGCGAUAUUUCGUUCGUGAUGAUUCUAUCAAAAACUUGCAAUCUCAACAUAAACAGAAAACAACCCAUUUUUGUACGCAAAAUUUGAGCAAAAGGGUUGUUCUUUGUUCAUGUUUUGAUUCGAUGAUUUGAGAUAAAAAAGUGGGCUUGAUUUGAUUAGGUUUUUGUUCGUGAAAUUUGAGAGCUUGGGGCUUUUUUUCCUUUUGUGUAGCUGGAAUUGCUUGUCCAGAGAAUCAAAAUCUUCAUUUUGUAUUAUUGGAGGAAGAAGAGGUCCCCAUCACCAGAGACGUAAAUUCAAUUGCUUCUUGAUAUUUCAAGACACAGAGAAGAUUUGACGAUUGAGAUAUUCGUGGGGACUGGUUUCUUUUAUGUUCAGAUGAGAUUCACUUGUAUGGAUUGUGACAAGUGAUCAACUCUACUGAAGUGGAAAGAUUUCCCUGAGGACUAAAUUCUUUUGAGCUAUGGAGGGAGCUUAUGAAACUUCUAAUAGAAAUGGGCCGAUUGUUAAUGGCUACAAAAUUCAAAGGCACUCUUCAUUUCAGCCCUCUGCGCAGGGGUCAUUACAUUGGCUCGAUAUAAGAGUUUUCUAUGUCAGAGUAAGCAAGUGUGAGAUUGAUGAUUCUGCUCCUGAAUUCCUUACAUUGAAUCAUAUCCCUUUGGAUCCCAACACCCUUCUAGAGGUGAAUGGUGUUAGAACCAGCAUAUAUUCUGAUGGGGCGUCAUCUCUUCUUAGAAGGGAUAGGCUGGAUAAGAAAUCUGAAGAAGCCAUUUUUGUCAGCACUGAUUGUAUACGUAUGACAGGGAAUGUGAAGUUUGAGGUUUUUGAUAAGGACGCUCUUCUACUAUCUGGUGCUUUAGAGUUGUGUGAUUGUCAUGGUUUUGCUGGGGAGUCCAGAAGCAGUAGCCAAUGUUGGAGCAUGACAUGUGAGCCCCAUACUACUGCAGGCACUGGGAUUUUGAAGGCAAAGCAAUUUAUGACUCAAGAUUCAGAUUCACCCAUAAUUGAGGUCUAUGUUGCUGGUUCAUUCUUGGGCAGUCCAAUUAUCUUAACUAAAACUUUAAAUCUUAGUUCACGGAGGAAGCAGAUGAAGACGGGCAUGCUGGACUCAAUACCAGAGUAUGAAGCAACUGAAGGCCAUGGUCAUGCUCCCCCUCAAGAUGCCUGGCAGAUGCCAGAUUACUUGAAUCACAAACCAGAAAAUGAAGACUACCAUCACAUGUACACAGGGGCAGAUUUUAUGGAUGGUGAAGAUGGGGAACUCUCGUGGUUCAACGCUGGUGUAAGAGUGGGUGUUGGAAUUGGCCUCAGCAUCUGUGUUGGCAUUGGGAUAGGGGUAGGCUUGCUGGUCCGCACCUACCAAGGUACCACUCGCAACUUCAGAAGGCGACUGCUAUAAUUCAAGUCGUUAACUUCCUUUUUUAUCAUCCUACCAUAAUAACUUCCCUCUUACAAACACCAUCAAGAGGCAGCUAAUGUAGUGGUGUUUCUAACAUUUACUUAGAACCUCAAGUUUUGUGAAUGAGCAGAGAUUGAAAAAUAAACAACUGUAUCUCUUUUGCUUGUGACUUUCAUCUUAAACAAGACUGUGAUUCUAUCAUAAAAGCGGGAAGCAUUUUCUUCAAACUUUUACUAUGUUAAGAGAAGCUAACUUGAUCAAUUGUCUGUCUUCUUUUCCGCUGUUAUUUUUAUUUUCAUUUCUAAGGGAGUGUCAAUAGCACUGCAGUUUUGGUAAUGAAAUGAGAUGUUAGUU